AUGCUUCCAGAAGAAACGUUGCUGAAGAGCGUUUUUUUUGUUCCAGGCUCUCAGCUGCUGCCGUCGACCCCUCGGCCCCUGGAGUUCAACCGACAACUGCUUUUUUUAUUUUCUUCCUUCGUGUUUCUCUGCAGGAAGAAGAUGUCGUCGGGCCGGAGGAACCAGCUCAAGAGCUUGCUGCUGCAGAUUGGCCAGGCGUUGCAGGAGGAGGAGGCGUGGGAGGCCGAGCGGCAGAAGGUGAAGCACAUGGAGGAGCACUGCCCCGGUUUCUCCUUCCCAGGAGACCUCCAGGAUCUCCAGGAGUUGUGCCGAAAACUUCACAAGCAGAUUGAUCUGGUGGACGAGGAGCGAUACGACAUGGAGGUCAAGGUCACAAAGUCCAACAAGGAGAUCGAGGACCUGAAGAUCAAGGUCCAGGACCUGAAGGGGAAGUUCAAGAAGCCGGUCCUGAAGCGGGUGCGGAUGUCGGCCGACGCCAUGCUGGCCGCUCUGCUGGGCUCCAAGCACAAAGUGUCCAUGGACCUGAGGGGAAACCUGAAGCAGGUCAAGAAGGAGGUGAAAGAGGAGGAGAAGGCGACCGGCGACUGGAGGAAGAGCAUCGAAGACAAGUCCGGGAUGGGCGGCCGGAAGAAGAUGUUCGAGAGCGAGGCGUAA